AUGGCGCAUAAAGUGAAGAAUAAUCAUUACGUGGCGACGCAUCGGUCGGGAGUAGAUUCGCCAUCAUCGGGGGCCUAUUUGCAUAGGGCUUCCCCGAGGGAUGAAAAUGAUAGCCAUCGAGCGCCGUCUGAAAGGACACUAUCCGAAUACACGACAAUGGACGAACGAACACGGUCGCCAUCGGGUGACCACAGAAACGGUGACCACCGAAGUGCCGAUCAUCGAAAUGGUGACCACAGAAACGGUGACCAUCGGAAUGGCGACCAUCGGAACGGGAAACGGCACGCCAACGGAUCAGCUAGGGACUCCGGGUCCGAUGUGUACGUCACUAGUGCAGCGUACAGGCCCCCUUCUGAAAUAAGCCGUCAGUCGCGAGCGCCCCGCAGCGUGUAUUCUUACCGGAGUGCAGUAGCUCCUUCAGUUGCGUCCACGCAUCGCUCCAAGGUCUCUAGAAAGGCUGGAGUGAAAGUGGACGCUAUGGCCGCCCCAAAUCCGUUCUGUCCGAACGUGAAGGGUAUGUGCUGCUUGAUGCUGCUGCUCAACCUCGGCUUGAUCCUCGUCACACUCGGUUUCGUUAUCGUGCUGCAGUUCUUCGAACCGCUCUUCGUGUGGAUCCUGGGUAUAGUUUUCCUCAUAUUCGGCUUCAUCACUCUGCUGGGCAGUUUGAUCUACUGCGUAGUUCUUUGCAGAGAAAACCCCUAUCCCCGGUACCCUGACGAUUUCUACUGGACCCACCAUUGGUCGAAAACAAUAGGACCAUCCGAGAUCCACUACAGUGCUAGUGAAAAACCGUAUAGACAAAACGGACAUAGUGAUAGGUAUAAUAAGUAUAAUGGUAAAUAUUCUGAUAGAGAAAGCGCUAAAGGGUAUUCAGACAGAGAAAGCAAACUAAGUAGGUACUGAGAAAGUGUCUGUAUGUUUUAAAUCGGUGCUAAAAAUACCAGUGGCAGUUUUCAAACGCAAUUCCUGAUUUUUGCGCGGGAAAAUGUAACAUCCGCCAUGUUAAACAUAAUCCGCAAUUAGGGAAAUAAUACAAAGAACUACAUUUCAUUACUCAUUAACGUUUUGUGAUAAUAAAACUGUAAAAUGAAGUUUAUUCGUAACAGCUUCGUUAAUUUUCAAUACAUAAUACUUACCUGAAAUCAAGUAACGGCAUUGUAAACGUGUAAGGAACACGUAUAUAUGUAGUUUACAGUAAGCGCGUCAAGUUAUCGCUUCUGCCGAAUAUACUUAAUUAUUUUUAAGAUGUAUUUUGUAACUUAAUUGUAAAUAAUAAUAUUAAUUCUUGACACUCGAAGAAGAAUGCCAUAUUAAUUAUAUAGAUAUUUAAAGUGUUUUGUAGAUUAAAAUUGUUAACAAUAAUUUUAUUUACUAUGUACGCUUUCGGUGAAUAUUAUUAUAUUGUAAUUGAAUUAUUUUUACAAAAUAACCCUGUGUAA